CUGUGCUAGAGACUAAUUCCAUUUGGCUGUGGCUCGGCCGGCAAUGGGCUGAAUUUUGGCCCGAAAUCAACGCAAUAGAUUGGCCAUCGCUGCCAUGGCCUAAUGAGCAUUAGUCAUUAUCAUAAUUUCCCUUCCCCCACCACCCAUAACUGUUUCCUCGACAAUAGUUAUCUAUUGGUCGAUAGAGAAUCGAGUCGGCUUUAAAUCAAUUUUCGGAACCCACCUCCAGCCUCUUAAAUGCGCAAUAACCAAAUUGCUGGCCUCAAUUUUGGGUGGGAUUAUUUUAAACGUGUCUGGCGUUUGAGUCUGGAACUUUUGGACUUUGGGUUCAGUCAGCAUUUGACGAAAAUAUCGAAAAGAUCAAUGAAAUUUCACUCCUCCGGACGUUUCGGGCUCUUGGUGGGGUUGUUGUUGGCUGCGACGGAGGUGAUGGGGAAAAUAAAUAUGAUAGACAGCGUGUGCAGCGACUUCAAUCGGAGCUACCUCUCCAACGUGUCGUUGGUGGUGAGGAAUUCCAGGGUAUAUUUCGAUACAUUCCUGCUGCGCGGCCUGGACACGGGCGUGACAAUGGACCUGGAGUUCCGCAUAGGCGUCCCCAAGUCCAGGGAAUACAAGAGGAUCUUCCAGUACUCGCUGGACAUGUGCAGCAUACUGGCCCUGAAGAAGAGAAGCAUGUUCAAGCGCUGGUUUUCCACCUUCUUCGAGGCCGGCAACUUCCCGCGCUACUGCCCCGUGCAUCCGAACCACUACUUCCUGAAGGACUACAACUACAACACGCUCUUCAUUCCCACGUUUCUGUACGCGGGCCAGUACAAGGUGACGUUCAACAUGACCCAGUACAGGGACAAGCGAAAGACUAGGGACUUUGUGGUGGCCUGCGCCUUCUACGCGGAAAUAAAGUAGCCGACCUGUGACUCCAGUUUCAUUAACCAGCUCUGUGGCCUUCAAUUAUAAUCAAUUUAGUCUGG